UUAUUAGGGUCGAAUUUAUCUCUACUUUUGUAAAUUGGUGUUAUGAGACCUUGAUUCCAAGCUUCAGGGAAGGAACCUACACCCAGAACUAGGUUAAAGACAACAUUGCCAGGUGAAAUUUGGAGUUGCUGUGUUUAAUCAUUUCAUUCAGGAUUCCAUCAGGACAAUCAAGUAUCUGAUAUGGACCAGACAGGUGCCAUGCACUUUAUGGAAGAGGAGAAUGCACCUCUGUACUGCAUCUGUAGGAAGCCAGACAUCAACUGUUUUAUGAUUGGCUGUGACAACUGUAAUGAGUGGUUUCAUGGACACUGCAUAAAUGUGACUGAGAAAAUGGCAAAGGGAAUCAGAGAAUGGUACUGCCAAAAGUGUCAAGACAUUGAUCCAUCUCUUGAGUUAAAAUACCGGACAAAGAAGCCACGGGAAAAAGCAAUUGAACACGAAAGAGUAGAAAAACCAUUCAGUACUCCAGAAUUUAGGCUUGAUAAGCGCCGUGGUUCUAAAUGUCAGGUUAAACGAUCAGCACGUAUGUGUGGGGAGUGUGAACCCUGCAGACGCAAUGAAGACUGUGCGCAGUGUGACUUCUGCAAAGACAUGAAAAAGUUUGGAGGCCCAAACAAGAUUCGGCAAAAAUGCCGACUUAGGCAAUGUAUAGUUCGUGCAAGGAAAAUGCUUCGGGUUCGGGAUGAGGAGUUUUCCUUGCGUGAGAGGAGGGAAAACAUACACAGAAGCAGGCAAUAUUCCGAUGAUUAUGACGAUAGUGAGGUGGAGCUGUUUCAUCAAUCCAAGGACCAAAAUAUGUCAUGGGGUAGUGAAAAUGAAGACAUACCUGUUUAUAGCCCUGCUCGGCGCAAGAAAGCUAUCAAGGUCAAGCAUGUUAAGCGCAGAGAGAAGAAAUUGGACAAAAAGAAGGAGUCUCGCCGGCACAAGCAGAAACAGAGACAUAAAGACCGUACAAGGCACAGUGAGAGGAGUGAGGCUCGCUACACAGGGGAUUUACAUCAGUGCUUGGGCCCCAACUGUGUAACGGCAGCACGUCCAAACUCAAAAUAUUGCUCAGAGGACUGUGGCAUGAAACUGGCUGCCAACCGGAUCUAUGAGAUUCUUCCGCAACGUAUACAGCAAUGGCAGCAAAGCCCUUGUGUUGCUGAAGAGCAGGGCCGAAAGCAGCUAGAGCGAAUUCGCAGUGAGCAGCAGGCUGCUCGCAUGCGCCUUACUGAAAUGGAGCGCCGCUUUCAUGAGCUAGAGGGAAUUAUUGCAAAAGCCAAGCAGCAGGUGGUGCAGCAAGAUGAGGAGGUAAAUGAAACCGACAAUGAAGACACCGAACUUCAAAUCUUCUGUGUGUCCUGCAGUCACCCUGUUAACCCUAAGGUGGCAAUCAGGCAUAUGGAAAGGUGUUAUGCUAAGUAUGAGAGCCAGACCUCUUUUGGUUCCAUUUUUCCAACACGAAUAGAAGGAGCGACCAGACUCUUCUGUGAUGUGUUCAACCCUCAGAGUAAAACCUACUGCAAAAGACUUCAGGUUUUAUGUCCUGAACAUUCCAGAGACCCCAAGGUGCCAGUUGAUGAAGUGUGUGGAUGUCCUUUAGUGCGUAAUGUGUUUGAGCCAACAGGCGAAUACUGCAGAGUGUCCAAGCGCAAAUGUAACAAACACUACUGCUGGGAGAAGCUACGACGAGCAGAAGUAGACCUAGAACGCAUUAGAGUGUGGUACAAACUGGAUGAACUGUUUGAACAGGAACGUAACGUAAGGACAGCAAUGACUAACAGAGCAGGCCUGCUUGCUCUGAUGUUGCACCAGACCAUUCAACAUGAUCCUCUGACCACUGAUCUGCGCAGCAACAAGGACAGAUAGCUGUGUACCAACUUACACAUUUUCUUUAUAUAUUUGUUGUUUAAACAAACAAAAUCUGUUUAGUUUUAUGGAUGUUUUAGUAAUGCUUUUCCUAAUACAUUAGUACAUCAUUUAUUGUGGUAAAAUGCAAUUACAGUUAUGCGAACAUAA